GUACUUUGUGUAUUUUAAAAUUAUCAUACUGGUAUAUAUCAAUUCGUGGUUCAUUUUUGUCAGUGUAAAAGCAAAUAUGGUGUUUAAAUUUACUUUCUGUAAGCAUUACAAGCUUAAUUUCAAGUAGCUGAAAAGAUAAUUGUAAGAGUAUAAAAUUAAAAAGAAAAAAGUGGACAAAAAUAGAAAAAUGAAGUAUCCUGUCUUGUUAGAUUUCUGUUUGUAUUUUUUCGCUGUAUAUGGUAUCCCAAGCAAUAGCAAAAAUAAUAAAGGAAAAAGUGUUUUAUAUGAUUGCGCAAAUGAUGAAGGUAAAUGCGUUGUCUGUACAACAAAAGAACCAAAUGAAUCUAUAGGAUUAUGUGAACGUAUAUUUUGCAAAGAUUGUAUAAGCAAAAUAAAAAAAAAUAAGAAAUUUUACAAUUGUCCUUUUUGCAACCAAGAGUACACUAACUUAGAAGUAGAAAAAGUUCCAGAUGAAAUUCCUCCAAUCCGUACAAUCAAUAUCACUGAUAAUCAAAUACUCAUCGAAGCAUUUUAUGGAACAACAACAAAUGAAAGUCCUUCAAACCGUGCAGAAUAAGAAACACAGUCCAUAUAGCAAUGUCGAAAUUAUAUCAUUUUAUAUGUAUUCUAUCCUGGUUUUGUAAAUAAACAUUUGUGAAAUAA